AAUCCGCAGACAAAAAAUAAAUAGAAAAUUCCCGGGCGACUUCUACGAAAGAAUUUUAACUUCCUUGAAAAAGAGAAAGAGGAAGUAGAUUAAACAGAUUUAAAUCAAAAGUAACUUCAACUCGAUUUUAAGUCACACAUUUUCAAGAUUUUGAGAGUAGAGGAAGCCCGCAGGAAGGUUUCGAAUCCACAUAUCUCAAAAGCACUAGGUCAAGGCGGACCAUUAACAUUCAUCAAUUCUACUAGAUGAAAACGUAUGCGUACAAUUUACGUAUUUAGGUAUAAAACGUCAUGUCAAAAGAAUCAUCUCUGCUAGUAGCAGCCAUUGAUUUCGGCACAACAUACUCUGGUUACGCCUUUUCAUUCCGACACGAGUUUGAACAGGACCCACUUAAAAUAUGCGCAAGUUCAUGGACAACAGGGUCAAGAGUGUCUAUCUCUCUGAAGACAUCUUCCUGUAUUCUCUUCCGGUCAAAUGGUCAGUUCGACUCUUUCGGAUUUGACGCUGAGGACAGAUACAGUGACCUGACCCUUGAUAACGAACAUCAUGAUUGGUUCUACUUCAGAAGAUUCAAGAUGAUGCUGUAUGACUCAAAAGAUGUCCAUAGAACAUCAAAGGUAUGGGACGAAACAGGAAAGACAAUGCCAGCAAUGGACGUGUUCGCAGCCGGCAUUCGUUACCUAAAAGAUCACAUGAUGCAGUCUUGUACGGAGAGAAUGUAUGGCAGUUGUGUGGAUAUAUGUGAUAUCAAAUGGGUUCUAACUGUUCCAGCUAUAUGGGAUGAUGCUGCCAAACAGUUCAUGAGAGAAGCUGCUGUAAAGGCUGGUAUACCAGGAGAAAAUCUCAUGCUAGCACUUGAGCCCGAGGCAGCUUCUAUGUUCUGUAAGAAUCUACCAGUAGAAAGAAUGGAUGGAUCAUCAAAAAGGGAAAUCACCUGCUUUAAACCAAAUUCCAAAUACCUGGUACUAGAUGCUGGAGGUGGAACUAUUGAUAUAACUGUGCAUGAGGUUCUUCCUGGAUGUAAUCUACGUGAAUUACAUAAGGCAAAUGGUGGCGCAUGGGGAGGAACAACAAUUGAUAACGCAUUUCUAGCUUUCAUCGAGAGAAUUACCGGACCGGAAGUUAUGAGUAGAUUUCGGGAGGAACAUAAAGAUGAUUUCAUUGAUCUCCUGCGAGAAUUCGAGGUCAAGAAAAGGUCUGUCAAACCUGAUAUGGAUUCAAAAGUUACAUUCAAGAUACCCAUAGCCCUACAUGAAAUGUAUAGAGAUGUCGAAAAAGGAGAAAUACGGGAGGCUGUAAGAAAUAACCAGAGUCUGAGAGGAAAGGUUACUUUUGCCGGCGAUAAAAUGAGAGUUGAAGCAGAAGUAGUUAAGUCAUUAUUUGACGCAACUAACAAAGCUAUUAUUGGUCAUAUUGAAACAAUCUUACACAGUCCGGUUGCAAAGGGUACAUCAGCUAUUUUAAUGGUUGGAGGGUUUUCUGAGUCUCCGAUGUUAAGUCACGCCGUACAGAAUGCUUUCCCACAUAUGAGGGUUAUAAUACCUCACGAGGCUGGACUUGCAGUCUUGAAAGGUGCGGUCAUAUUUGGUCACAGCAGUAAAGAAAUAAUAUCUCGAAUAUCCAAGUACACGUAUGGGUUUAAAAUGUACCAGCAAUUCGAUCCAGCAAAGCAUCCUAUAACAAAAAUGAUAAAAAGAAGAAACGGCGAACGGGAAGUACAGGGAGUAUUUGUCAAACUGAUCGAAGCCGGACAAUCAGUAUCACCAGAAAAUCCUUCAAAAGAAAUAACAUGUGCGCCCUCCUCGGGUACAGGGUUUCAACUGAAAUUAUUUGCAACUACCGACAGGAAUCCAAGCUUUGUUGACGACGAAGGUUGUAUAAGUAUUGGAGAGGUGUACGUCUCAUGUCUGGAUGACCAUAAUCAUAUUGGUAGUGCAUCCGUCAGCAUGAUCUUUGGAGGAACCGAACUUGAAGUUCAAGCCAUUCAUGAAACAACAGGCAGAAAAACAUCAGCAACAUUAGACCUCUUGGACUAAGUUCAGAUAAGAAUAACAUUUCGUGUAUGUACAGACAUUGCAAAACAGACGACAAAUAGACAAAUAUAACUAUAUAUACAGUGUAUACACAAAUGAAUUCAUUUCUUUGAAGCAAUUGUUGGAACUUAAGUGAAAAGUAUAAAGAUUAAACGUGUUGUAUACAUUAUCAUUCAUUUCUCAGACUUUGUCAAAUUAAGGGCAGCGGUGUUCAAAAUGGAUUAAGAAACCUGAAUGCUUAAAAUUCUAUGAAAUGUUUAUAGUUUCAUCAAUUCACUAAUAACAACUGCUGUAUUUCUUUUGAAUCAGUGAUAUAUUUUCUUUUAACAAUUCAACAAAGUUUCUUAGAAUAUAAGGGCCUUUGGGAUCAUGCGGUUCAUUUAUGUUUUAUGUUUUAUAGAGUUCGCUUAAGGUGAGGUGUGUUACACGUUUCAUUACGUCUCAUAUGCAGACUCUAGGAAAACGUGUAUGCUAUUAGUUUGUUUGGAUGCAUUUAAUGCUUCUAAAUGAUCUUCUUAAGAUUUCAUCAUCUAUCGCAACAGCAGUCUUUAAGUUCCGUGUGGUAGCCGUAAAACGUCUUCCUGCAACUGGACUCAGUAUUGUUUAUCCGCGGUCAUCUGUGAUGGUAGUGUUCUUUAAAUCUUUAUUCAUAAUAAAAGUUCUGCUUAAGCCGGUGUUCUAGGUUGUGAUGUGUGCUAUAUGUUUCAUUUAUUUAUAUCUCAUGAACAAACUAAGUCAUAUAGAGUCUGCUAGUUUUUGCUUGCUUACUUGCAUUCUUUGCUUCCUAAGACAUAUUUGAAGAUGCUAUACAUAUGAGGUAUGUUACAAGUAAUGUUGAUUUCUGAUGAUCAGGAGAAAAAUGAUAUUCAGAGCGAUUUCCGUAUGAUCUUCUUUUUAAUUUUCACCUUUCACACAUUUUCAUAAGGUGUGCAAGAGUAUAUGUUCAACAAGAUAUAAUUAAAACUGCCUAGCAUAUUGUGUUUGCAUGCCUUGCUUUUGUCGCAAGAGUUUGUGGCCAUUUUUGGUAUUUAUCUACAGAUAUAUAAUACUAUGAAUAAAAUGUGCAUAUUCUAACUGUGCCCUCCCGCUUUUCUGAAUAUGGAGAGCGUAGAUCUGCAGAUCAUAUCGUGUUGAGUUCGUCCACUUGGCGAGUCGUAUGUUCUCAGUGAAUAACUGAUAAAAGAUAUUGUGUCUGAAACGUUUCGGCCUCCACCUCUGAUUCAUGUGGAGAAGUUUGCAGUUACUUUCGGAGAACAGUUUAGUACUGAUUCAGAAUAAUUACUGUCUGCCGUUUAUCGACUAAAAUACUGCUAAAAAGGGGGCUAAAUCUAAACCAAACAAAAGAUUAUUUUUAAGUAAACCAGUUACAUCCGUUAACAAAGUACAUGUAGGUUAUUGUACAGUGGCACACAGGUGACAUAUGAAUUUAUCUUUUGUACAUUUAAGACUUUUGCUACAUAACCUGGAAAAACUAUGGUUUUCACGCAAUAUGUCUAUCUACAAAAUAUAUAGCCUAAUAUUGUUUUGUUUACCUUUUCAAAUAAACAAAGACUUCAGAUUUUUAAUGAUGACAUGUUCAAAACAAAACGCCAUUGGAACUAAAUCAAGUGUUUUCGCCAAUAAGACUAGUUUACGGGGAUAUAAAGUUGUGGGUUGUGACCUUUAAUAAAAACAAAAAGGGGAUUUUACUAGUUCUUUGAGGUUAAAUUUCGUUGAUUGGCCAAGAUUAUAUAGAAUUUCACAGUACUUUGUUAUAAGGCUGUGCUUGUCUUCCAUGUAUAUUUGAGCCAUUUAUUCUUUUUAAAUAAAGGAUCUUAUUAAUAUGAAGCCGGAUUUCA